UGGUGGCAGCUUUCCUACCGCUCCUCGCCUUGAAAGCAAGCGGAUCCAAAAUCUGGAGGAGGAAAGAAACAAUCGGAGAAGAGGGAGGCCAUGGCGGACUCCGCAAGAGUCGUUCCUCGAGUCAAGCUCGGGUCUCAAGGGCUCGAGGUCUCGCUCCAGGGACUGGGGUGCAUGGGUAUGUCUGCCUUCUAUGGCCCUUCCAAGCCCGAGAAGGACAUGAUCGAUCUCAUCUACCACGCCGUUCAUUCCGGCGUCACUUUCCUUGAUACUUCCGACUUCUAUGGACCCUACACCAACGAGAUCCUUCUCGGGAAGGCUCUGCGAGAAGGGCUUAGGGAGAAAGUUGAGCUCGCGACCAAGUUCGGAGUCAGAAGCUACGAUGAUGGGAGCUGGGAAAUUUCAGGGGAACCUUCUUAUAUCAGGGCGGCAUGCGAGGAGAGCUUGAAGAGACUCGGUGUUGACUGCAUCGAUCUGUAUUACCAGCAUCGGGUUGACACGCGUGUCCCCAUUGAAGUUACGGGAAUGAAGGUUGUCCAUAAAAACUCUGCAAAGGAAACUUGGCUCCCUUUCUUAAGCAAGCUCAACAGAAAGCAAGCUCAACUUAUACCAUUUGUGUGGCUCUUCUUGUACGGAAAGUUCAAGUUUUCUAAGGCCUAUGGUUCCUCACUUUCUCUUUAAAUUAAAAAGAGUAAAAUCAAGUUCAUCAUAGUUUACAUAUUGUCCGAAUAACUCUUCUUUAAAUAAGCUCACUUUAUGCUGUUAUCCGAAUAAUUCUUCUCUACGGCGUGUUCACAAGUUUUCUCCAGUCUAUUAAGGUUCUGUUGACAAAAUUAAGGCGAAGAAAAAUAGUAAUUGACCCA